CCUGGCAGCCAAAAUGAAAGCUCUGGUGUCUGCGUGCUGCUUGCUGUCUCUCCUGGCGCUGUCAGCUGCAGAUCUCCUGACAGAGUCCUCCGUCCAGGAUGAAGACCCUCUGAAGCAUCUGCAGCUCCAGCAGCCAGAAGGAGACCUCUUCUCGUGUGGAUGUGACACAACAGAUGCCAGCCAGAGCUCUUCCAAUGACACCCCGGCCCCAGAGAGGGCCAUGUGCCAGCCCUGCAAAGCUCCAUCCACCACUGAAGAAGAGCUGGCUGUCCCCUCAGAGCAUGAGGAGGAAGAAGGAGCUCCUCCAGAAGACGACUCUUCUGCUGCUGUUACUGAAGGAGAAAACCAUGGAGAGCAGACAGAGGAGGACAAAGAGGUGACAUCUGAGGAGCAAACUGAGGCUGAAGAUGAGGCACCAGAAGAGGAAGUAUCUAAAGAGGAGACUUUAGCUGAAGCUGAGGUAGAAGAGGAUGAAGCUGUGGAAAAAGGGGAUGAAGCUGUGGAAGAAGAGGAUGAAGCACAAGAGGUCACUGAGGAGGAGGAUGUUGAAAAAACAGAAUCGGAGACAUCAGAGCCUGAACCUGAAGAGACACAACCAGAACCAACGGAGGAGCUGAAACCUCCACCACAGGCUGAGCCAGAGGUUGUGGCAGCACCAGAAGAUAUUUCAGAACCAGAGCUGGUUCCUGAAACAGAACCAGAGAUAAAUGAACCUUAUAUGGUGGAAGUUGAUGUAGAAGAUGUAGAGAUAGAAACCACAGUGGAAACUCCUGAAGAAAAGCCUGAAGAAGAGUCUGCACAGCCUCAAACCAAAGAGGUCAUAGGCUCCGGCCUGAGGGACCGCUCCCACAUCGAGGACAUGCUGCGACUGGCGAUGGCUGAACCUUCAGCCGAGUUCUCUGGUGCUGUAAAGAAACUGUUGAGCGUCUAUCACACGGCCAUCAAGCCCAUGGAGCAGGCGUUUAAAUACAACGAGCUCAGGCAGCAUGAACUUACAGACGGUGAGAUCACCUCUAAGCCCAUGGUUCUGUUUCUGGGCCCCUGGAGUGUAGGCAAGUCUUCCAUGAUCAACUACCUAUUGGGUCUCCACGGCACACCCCAGGAGCUGUACACAGGCGCUGAGCCCACCACCUCUGAGUACACAGUUAUUAUGCACGGCGAGAAGUUUCGAACCAUAGAAGGCAUUGUCAUGGCAGCGGACAGUUCACGGUCCUUUUCCCCCCUGGAGAGGUUCGGUCAGGGCUUCUUGGAACGAUUGGUUGGCAUCGAGAUGCCCCAUAAACUCCUGGAGAGGGUCACCUUUGUCGACACGCCUGGCAUCAUUGAAAACCGCAAGCAGCAGGAAAGAGGUUACCCAUACAACGAGGUGUGCCAGUGGUUCAUUGAUCGAGCUGAUCUGAUCUUCCUGGUGUUCGAUCCCACCAAGCUGGACGUGGGAGGGGAGCUGGAGAUGCUCUUCCGGCAGAUGAAAGGCCGCGAGUCACAGAUUCGCCUCAUCCUCAACAAGGCCGACAGUGUGUCGACCCAGGACCUGAUGAGAGUUUAUGGAGCCCUGUUCUGGAGCAUGGCCCCACUGGUCAAUGUCACAGAACCCCCUCGUGUUUACGUCAGCUCCUUCUGGCCUCAGGAAUACGCCGCAGACUCUAGCCGAGAGCUCUUCAUGAAGGAGGAGAUCUCCCUGCUGGAGGAUCUCAACCAGGUCAUUGAGAACCAGAUAGAGAACAAAAUUGCCUUCACCCGUCAGCACGCCAUACGUGUGCGCAUCCACGCCCUGCUGGUGGACCGUUACCUUCAAACCUACCAGAACAAACUGGGCUGGUUUGGCGACCCCCACGAAGUUUUCCAAGACAUCGUGAAUGACCCAGAUAAGUACUACAUCUUCAAGUCCAUCCUGGCCAAGACUAACGUCAGCAAGUUUGACCUCCCCGACAAGGAGGCCUACCAGGACUUCUUUGGAGUCAACCCAGUUUCCAACUUCAAGCAGCUCUCCCAGCUCUGCAGCUGGACUGGGGGCUGUCUGCUCGAGAAGAUAGAGAGGGCCAUCUCACAUGAGCUUCCUGCUCUGCUCAGCACCGUCAGUAAGAGAGCCGAGACGUCAGAUGCUGCAAAGGCUGCGCCGACGCCCCCACCACCUCUGCCCGGUACCUGUGAGGGCCCAAAGUGUGAGGAGAAACCCAAAAACCGCUGGAGGAGGCAGUGAGAUGAAGGAGAAUGGUACAGAUGGCAGCCAGAGAGUUUCUCUAAAACAAAUCCACUAGUGUGGAUUUCAGAACUGGCAGAGAGACAGAUUUAAUCAGUCUGGCAAAACAAACGGCUUCUUGUUUCCUACCGCUUUUUUUAAUCUGCUAAAUUGACAUGAUGGACAAAAUGUGCCCAAUAAGUCUUCUGAUGCUUCCAGAUGAAUGUACAACCAUCUACUGCAAGUUGUCCUUUAAAACGUAGCUUUAAAGAAGCACAAGUUUGUAAAUGCAACAAAAAAAAGGGGCAUUUUUCAACUUUUAAUUGUCUGCAACGAAAAGACUCGUUGUUUUUUUCUGUAACCUCUCAUAAUAUAAAAUCUAAGAAUGAUUGUUUGUCUCCUUCUUCAUCAUUCAGCCACGUUACUCUGAAAGGAGAAAUUUACUAACUCAGCACCCUUGAAAAAUAAAGUAAAUAAAUAAAAAAUUUUUAAAAAUU